GAGAGUAAGGUGACACAAGUUUUCGCCUCAUUCUGUGAAGCGACGGCUAUAGGAUGGUUGCUGUACGCUUUGGUCGCAAGACUUUGUGUCAUGUAUUCCGUCUACGUCCGUGGCCGGUAUGAUGUGCAAUAUAAAUGGGUGUUGCUGAGGAUAGUAAUCCAAAACGGCUUCUUCCACCUUGCGUACCUGGCACAUCUAUUACCGCCCAAAUAUAUUUGGAUUCAGAGUACAGGAUUGCGUCUUGCACUUGUAUGUAUAAUACUGGAGGUAGUCUACUACCUUGCCUGCCUGCGAAAUACAAGAUAUGCGGUGGAGGACUUCAGGUGUUUGCGCUACCUAUGCAUAUACGGAGGGAUUAUGUUCACCCUUGGGUCCGUGCUUCCAGUUCUCAACCCUUUGGCGCGCAAUAUGGAUCAAUUCAAUGCAGCCAUUUUAUUUUUAUGGGGUUUGGGGAUCGAGAUUUUGGGGCCUCCGCUAUGGGACUUGUUUCGAUCUUACAUGGAGUGGCAGUACGAGUUUGUCGAAUGCAAUGUUUUGGAGACCUUCAGCGACAAUAUUAAGGAUGCACUGGACGACCCCUUGCUGUAUCCUAUAAUAUUAUCCUGUGCACAAAAGCGAUUCUGCGACGAGAAUAUCAAAUUUUUACACGGCGGGUAUUCAAUACUAACAACAGUUGUCAAUCUCCAAAAUGAUAAUAAGCCAUCGGACUGUAGCUUAGAGGAUCGAGUCAAUGAGUUGCUGAAAACGUACGUCGUGGUAGGGGCGAGUACACCGGUGAACUUAGCCAGCAAACAUCUCACAAAGUUUCGGCAGAUACAUGCGGAGUUAAAUUCCGCAGGUGACAGACACCUUGAUUUGGCAAAAUUAGAAAUCGUUUUAUCACAAAGUCUAAGGGAUAUUUUUGAACUACUUGAUUCAUCUGGUGUGCUCACAAUGUAUAAUAAAUCACCAGAGAAGAUAGUGAUUGAUGCUGAACGUGCAGCCCUCAUACGCUUAGAAGCUGGAUCAUAUUAG